AUGGCCGCCAAUACCAGCCCCAUCUUUGUCUUCGUGCCUGGUGCAUGGCACACCCCAGACACCUUCGACGGCAUUCGCGACUUGCUGAACAAGCGAGGAUUUGAAUCUGAGGCUGUCGCCAAUCAAUCUGUCGGCGCUGCUGAUCCAUUGACUGGUCUACAUGCCGAUAUUUCCUUUACAAAGGAUGUCAUCCAGAAGUUGGCUGAUCAGGGACGACAAAUCGUGGUGGUGACCCAUUCCUAUGGUGGCAUGGUCGGUGCAGGCGCCGUUGAAGGGCUUGGAUUGUCACAACGGGCUCAGGCUGGCCUCCCCGGUGGUGUGAUUCAAGUGGUCUGGAUGGCCGCUUUUGUUACUCCCAAGGGCAAGUCGGUCAUCGACAUGUUGGGUGGCAACUGGCUUCCGUGGAUGUUGCUAAAGAGUCCCGAUGAUGGGUAUUGCUACUCUUCCGAGCAAGAAACUGUCUUCUACCACGACAUGACCCCGGCUGCGCAGCAACAGGCUAUCGCUAACCUCAAGCCACACCCUAAGCCUUCUUUCUUGGAAAAGUCCGUGCACGAACCAUGGCAUGACAUGCCCUCAUUCUAUCUCUUCUGUGACAAAGAUCAAGCUCUGCCGCUCCAAAUUCAGGAAUCCUUUGCUCAGGCCUUGGGUAACCCGGGUACUUACCAUGCGGAUGGGUCACACUCGGCUUUCCUGAGUGUGCCAGAUCAGGUCGCGGAUGGACUGGAGCUUGCGUUGAAGGAAGGUCUGCAGAAGACCGCAAUCGCUGUGCAAUAA